UUAAAGAACCACUGAUACCCCCUAGUAGUGGGUGAAGAAACUAAGGAGAGGGCGGACAUUUCAAUUGAAAUUGCACACGCAAAUCACGAACUGUGCUAAUAGCUAUCAUCAAUCUUCAUUUAUAGGAGUCUCUCAGCUUUAAAUUCUUUUUUAUCGUCCGAUCUCUCUGUUUCUCUUCACAUUCCUCCUUAUUUUCCUUUAUUCUCUGAUCAGCAUAGCAUGGAGUCCGCCGCUGUUCAUCGUUCCUUUCACCAUUUUGUACACACCAGUUCCCAUUUGAAGUCGGUAUCAGAAAUGCCUGGAGUAUUUCCGGCGAAUAAUGUUGUCUUCUCCAACCUAACAAUGUUUCCCAUCAAGGGCUUUCUAAAUGAUGCAAAGCUUGUGUCUUCUUCAAACAAGAAUGGCAGAUUAAUAUUGUCAUGUGCAAAGACCUCUGAAACAAUUGUGACAGCUAAAUCUGAAGAUAACCAGCAAAAAGUGCAAGUUCAAAGGAUUUCACUGCCAACAGAUACAUUUCCUAAAGGUUUUGAGGCUUUGAUUACAAAAGUCUGUGAUGAUACAGAGAUUGCUGAGCUGAAACUUAAGGUUGGAGGUUUUGAAAUGCACUUGAAGCGGAAUAUUGAAUCUCCAAUAGUGCAUGCGCCGGUUGUUUCUCCACCACCAUCACCACCUCCUAGUGCAAGUAAACCAGCAGUUUCAGCAUCCUCUAUGAAAUCUUCCUCAGAAAAGAUAAGUCCAUUUACAAAUGUUGACGUUGAGAUAUCAGAAAAAUUAGCAGCUUUACAAGCCACUGGAGCUAAUGGUUAUGUUCUUGUAUCAUCCCCAACAGUUGGUUCAUUCCGAAGGGCAAGGACAUUAAAAGGAAAGAAGCAGCCACCUGCUUGUAAAGAGGGUGAUGUUAUUAAAGUGGGACAGACUAUUGGCUUUCUGGAUCAGUUUGGGACGGAACUCGCGGUUAAAUCAGAUGCAGCUGGAGAGGUCUUGAAACUUCUCUGUAAUGAUGGCGACGCUGUUGGUUAUGGUGAUCCACUUAUUGCUGUCAUGCCAUAAUUUUGUGGUGUCAACAGAAGUUUCUUUCAGCAGCAGUUUUUGAAGGUCCUCUAGAAAGUAAAUUGAAGGUUUCUGUACCUUUCCUAGUAUUUUGCUCAUUCAUGUUGCACUCUCAUACUUGGGAGGCAUAGGUAAUAGUAGUAAUUUGAAUUUCUUGUUGCACUUGAAAUUCACUGCAGAGAUAUAAAUGGUUGUUUAGAACUAGUUUUGAUUUGAUUGUGUGGCUUUGUAUAUUCAUAAUUCUCUUGCUAUCAAGAAGUAGCAUAGAAGGUUUUCAGGAGGAUGAAAGUGGUUUGCAUUAUUUUGGUGAAAUUUAGGACUAAUUUAUUGGAGAAACUAGACAUUCUGUAAAGAAGAAGGCUUGUAUAAUUUUCU